AUGAAGAUCACCACAGCGCCAUGGGCGGCGUUCCUGCUCGCCAGCUUCGGGCGCGCCCUCGCGGGCGUCGUGUUCACCAACGACGACUAUUACAUCUACGCUGGGCAGCCAUUCACUAUCACCUGGACCGACGCGCGCGGGCCCGUCACGAUAACACUCAUGGAAGGGCCCGACAUCGACCUGCAGGAGGUCCUGGUCAUCGUGUCGGGUUACCAGGGACAGGAAUACACGUGGACGCCGCCGCCGACGCUGGCCGCCGGCUCGUACGAGCUACAGAUCAGCGACGGCGGCAGCACCGACUACUCGCCGCGCUUCACGUACCCGGCGCCGCCGACAAGCCCGGCCAGCUCCAGCGGUCUGAAUCCUACUGACACAGGACCAUCGCCGUCCUCGGCAGCCUCCUCGCCGUCGUCCUGCUCCUCCUGCUGGUAUACAUCCUCACCGCGCGCCACCGCCGCCGCCGGCGCAGACGCCUCGCUGCAGCAGCAGCAGCAAGUGCAGGUGCAGCCGAGGGCGGCGGCGACGGGGGCGCGCCGAUGA